AUGAUUAGGUCAAUUGCAUAUCUUCUUCGUUGGAAGAACAAGGGUCCUUUACCCAGUAACAUUCCCGAUACUGGUAGAUCCCGUAGAGGAAUUCGUUAUCUUACGCUUGUCGAAAUAGCUCAUGCUGAGCUUCUCAUUCUUCGUUUAAUACAACGUGAAAAGUUCAGCGCUGAAUUGAAACUUCUUGAAGCCGCUCGAACCAAGAAUCCAAAUAGAUUCAAAGGUUCCUUUAAAAGUCAAGCUAAAUUUGACGAACUGAACCCCUUUAUUGACGAUGACGGUUUGAUUCGAGUAGGGAGUCGUUUAAAACACUCUGAUUUGCUCUUCAAUCAGAAGCAUCCAGUGCUGCUACCAAGUAAUCACCACGUUUCCGAUCUCAUAAUUCGUGAUGCACACCAUCGAAAUUUCCAUGGUGCAGUUCAAUCUACGCUCUAUGCCGUACGUGAAAGGUUCUGGAUUCUCAAUGGAAAGAAUCAAAUUAGACACUGCCGGAUAAUCGUCUGA